UGGCUCCCGCCCCCCGCGGGGCCGGGCUGGGCGGGGCCCGGGGUCGCGAUUUCGCCCGGGGGUCGCGACAGAACCCCACCCCCACCCCCCGCCGCUGCCAUGUCGGCCGAAGACGCCGCAGCUCCGGCGGAGGCCGAGCUGGAGACGAAGAGCGUGGUGAGCCGCGUGGCCAGCCUGGCCCUGGUGAGCUGCGCCUGCGGGGCCGUGGCCGCGGCGUACGGGCGCACCAAGCAGAGCCACCCGUGCGUGCGCUCCGUGUGCGCCGCCGCCGAGAAGGGGCUGAGGACGCUGAGGGCGGCAGCAGCGAGCGGGGCCCAGCCCCUCCUCACCCGCCUGGAGCCCCAGAUUUCCACUGCCAACAAAUUGGCCUGCAAAGGGCUGGACAAGCUGGAGGAGAAGCUGCCCAUCCUGCAGCAGCCCCCCGAGAGGGUGGUGGCCGGGACCAGGGCGCUGGUGUGGGGCGCGGUGAGCGGGGCGGCGGCCGGGGUGCGCUCGGCGCUCGGGGCCGUGCUGGGCGCCCGCGUGGGGCGGCUGCUGGCCACGGGUGCCGUGCUGGGCACGCCGGGGGAGCUGCUGGGCCGGUGCCACCCCGGGACGCACGAGGAGCCGGCAGCGGCGGCUGGCACGGAGGUGACCACGGGCACAGAGGUGACCACAGGCACGGAGGUGACCACGGGAACCGAGGUGACCACAGGCACAGAGGUGACCACGGGCACGGAGGUGACCACGGGCACGGAGGUGGCCAGGGGCACAGAGGUGACCAGGGGCACGGAGGUGGCCAGGGGCACAGAGGUGACCAGGGGCACGGAGGUGGCCAGGGGCACAGAGGUGACCACGGGCACGGAGGUGGCCAGGGGCACAGAGGUGACCAGGGCCCCAGAGGAGACCAGGGACACGGAGGUGACCAGGGACACGGAGGUGGCCGUGCAGGAGCAGCAGAGGCGGUGGCAGAGCUACUUUGUCCGCGUGGGCGCCCUGUCGGCCAGGCUGCCGCACCGGGCCCUGCGGCGCUCGCUGGGCGACCUGCAGCGGGCACGGCUCCGAGCCCAGCGGCUCCUGGCCCAGCUGCACCACGUCAUCCGGCUGAUCGAGGAGGGGCAGCAGGGCACGGACGGGCCCUGGCACAGCACCCGGGAGCACCUGCACGGGCUGUGGCUGGAGUGGAGCCAGCAGGAUGCGGUGCCCAUGGAGGACAACGAGGUGGAGGCUCGGACCCUGGCCAUGCUCCAGGGGCUCCUGCACCAGCUCCACGCCGCCUGCUCCCACCUGGCCGCCGGCGCCCGGGCGUUCCCCAGCAGCGUGCAGGAGACGGCGGGACACGUCCGGCACGGCGUGGAGGGCGUCCAGGCCUCCCUGGCCAGCGCCCGCUCCUUCCAGGACCUGUCGGGGCUGGUGCUGGCGCAGAGCCGGGACGCGGUGACGCGGGCACAGCUGAGCCUCGAGGGGCUGCUGGAGCACGUGGGGCAGCACACGCCCCUGCCCUGGCUCCUGGGACCUUUCGCCCCCGCGCUCGUGGAGUACCCGGAGGACGUCCCGGUGGAUAUGUCCAAGUGGGAGGGCUGUGACACCGUGGGGGGGACGCACCGGGUGCCCACGGCCCCCCAGGUCUGCAGCCAGCUCUGAGGCACUGGUGCUGCUGGGGGAGCGCCCACCCAGAGCCACGACCCCGAAUCCCACCGGGAGCGAGGGGAUGAUGGAGCUGGGACCCGGCGUGGGACUCCUGCGGGGAUGGUGACUCGUGGAGGACACACUGUGAGUCUGUCUGGCGGCCAGGGCUGCCCUCAGCCCCAGGAGCGCUGGGAUUUCAUGUCUUAACAGCCUCAAACCAGUUUAAAGAGGAGGAAAACAACUUUUUUGGCCUUAAAAUGACUCAGAGUCUGCAGUGCUGUGGCAGAGUUACUGUGCCGCGCUCACCGGGGGGCUCUGCACGGGCGGCAGAGCGGUGGCACCCCCGGGGGGGGCUCAAAAGGGGGUGCUGGGGUGGGACAGCACCCAGAUGGGACGG